AUGGUUGUUCAAUUGGCAGAAAGAAUGAGACUGGGACAGAUGAUUUGGUUGUAUUAUACAGCCAUGACCUGUGUCGUGUUGACUACAAUAGCUGCUGAUGUGACCUCUGUGGUAAAUAUGCCUAAUAGUGGAAUCUCUGGAUCAAAGGGGCCAAGUGAACCAGGCUGGCAAGGUGUCAGGAAUCAUCCCCAAGCUAAUGUCUGGAACUCAAAGCUGUAUCCAGAAUGGAUGGAGACUGGAAUUCAGGGCCCUGACUGUUGGAAAGGAGGCCAGGUGACCCUGGAGGUCAGUAAUGAUGCCCCAACUCUGACUGGUGCCCACGUUUCCUUCUCUAUCAUCCUGCACUUCCCCCCAAGCCAGAAGGUCUUGCCCAAUGGGCAUAUUACCUGGGCCGGCAAUGGUACCAUCAAUGGAAGCCAGGUAUGGGGUGGGCAACCAGUGUAUCCUCAAAGUUCUGAUGCUGCUUGUGUCUUCCCUGAUGGGCAACCAUGCCCUUCUAAGGCUGGACCUCAUAGAAGUUUCAUCUAUGUCUGGAAGACUUGGGGGAAAUAUUGGCAAGUUUUGGGAGGCCCAGUGUCCAAACUGAGCAUUGAGACACUUGGUGUAGCUACAGGUCCCCAUACCAUGGAGGUGACUGUUUAUCAUCACCGAGGACCUCGGAGUUAUGUGCCCAUUGCCAGAGGCUUGUCUGCCUUCACCCUCACUGACCAGGUUCCUUUCUCUGUGAGUGUGUCACAGCUCCAGGCCCUGGAUGGGGGAGAGAGGCGCUUUCUGAGGAACCAGCCCUUAAUCUUCAACCUCCAGCUCCAUGAUCCUAGCAGCUAUCUGUCCCAGGCUGACCUAUCCUACACUUGGAAUUUUGGAGAUGGUAGUGGGACUCUAAUCUCUCGGGUACCCACUGUUACUCACACGUACCAGGUGCCAGGCCCAGUCACUGCCCAGGUGGUUUUGGAAGCUGCUAUUCCCCUUGCCUCCUGCAGGACUUCUCCUGCUCCAGGCACUGAUCCCCCAAGCACCCAGCCUUUGAGCACCACAGCUGGAAGGAUAGCAACUUCAGAGGCCCCUGGUACCACAGCUGGGGAGGUAUCAACUACAGUGGCUUCUGGUACCACAGCCACAGAGGUACCAACUGAAGUGGCCCCUGGCACCACUACUAGGGAAACCCAAAGUAUACAGGUCCCCGGGACCCCUGUUGGAGAGGUGCCAACUGCAGGGUUCCCGGGCACCACUGCUGGGGAAAUGCCAACUGUAGCACCAACCAAUAACACAAAUGAAGGGAUUUCAGACGUAACAGGGAACACAACAGGAAUAGGGCAAACUGUGGAGUCUGUGAACACCUCUGAUACGGUCUUGGUAAACUCAGGCACCAGCUCUGCUGCUCUUGCAGAGGGCACCUCAGAGGUACCCACAAUUCCUUCUACUACUUCUUUGAGACCAGAAGCUGCCAACCUCCCUGGAACAACAGUAUUAUCAGCCUUCCCCUCUGCUGGCACAGCUGUCCUGCCACUGGUGAGGCGCCAGACCCCUCUGGACUGCAUCCUGUAUCGAUUUGGCUCCUUUGCUCUUACCCUUGACAUUGUCCAGGGCAUUGAGAGUGCUGAAAUCUUGCAGGCUGUGUCUGUCAGUGAGGGAGAUGCAAUUGAGCUCACUGUGUCCUGCCAAGGAGGGCUGCCUGAUAAAGUUUGCACAGAAAUCUCAUCUCCAGGGUGCCAGCUCCCUGUCCAGAAACUGUGCCAGCCUGUAAUAUCGAGUCCAGAUUGUCAGCUGGUGCUGCACCAAGUUCUAGAAGGAGGUGCAGGGAUCUACUGCCUAAAUGUAUCCCUGGCUGAUACCAACAGCUUGGUUAUGGCCAGUGCUCAGUUCAUAGUCCCAAGACAGGAGGCAGGCACCCAGAAGGCUCCACUGCUGGUAGGCAUUAUGCUGGCUAUAGUGGCAAUAGCCCUGGCAUCUCUAAUGUACAGGCGUGUGAAACGGGGCUCAGCUUUUCCACGAUCCUGGUUGCCUCGACGUACAGUUCACUGGCUGAGACUGCCUCCUUCCUUCUAUCCGGGCCCCAGUGGAGAAAGUAGCCCUCUCCUCAAUGGGCAUCAGGUCUGACAACUCAAAGCAUCUCAGGACUAGUCCAGGGCUGGGAGGAACUCACAUCUUCCCUUCCCCUCUCUCCCCCAUAGCUGCCCUGCCAUUACCUGAAUUAAACAC